AUGACCAUCUUAAAGGUAACUGUAAGAAAAUUAAACGUUCCUAAAGAGACAUGGCAUGACUUACUUCAAAGGUACAUAUUUAAAGCAUAUUCAUUAUCCUUGUCAUGCAUGUACUCAAAGCUAAUGAUAAGUGAAAACGCGGGGAAUGGUGCCAUUUUGACAAUUUUUUGGGUGCGUUGGGUGGGGACAUUGUUUAGUUUUGGAAACAAACGCUUCAAUUUGGUUGACAUUGGUCAGUAAAUCGUUUUCAAAAUCUGGGACGAACAGCUUGCUGCAAUUUGUAUUCCAUUUCUUGGAUCUGUUGCAUGUUUAUUUUUCAUCAUGCUGUUGCACAAAGUUUGGGAUGUUUUACCACGAAAAAGAAAGUUGGUAUUGCCAAUUGUUUCAAUGAAUACUUUUUGAAAGGUGAGCUAAAUUCCAUUUCGUCAGAUUUCAUCGUUUCCAAACAUACAGGUUUAAUAUUUUUAAAACAAGCAUGUGCGAGUUUUAAUAACCUUUAUGUAAGCUAGUUGUGCUUUUCAUAUAUUUGUCUUCUUGAUAUUUUAUUAAAAUCUCUAGCUAAAAGAAAACUUGUGUAAAUAUAUAUUUAUAAAAGUGCAAAAAUAUAUAUUGGAGAAGAUGGAAAUGAAAGUGACAAAGACACUUUUAGUGCAUUUAAUCCUGGAAGCACAUUCAUUUGCGCAGUGGGAAAGGAAAUUUGGUCGCCAUCACCUCAAGAAAGCAAUACUCCAGCAAGUCCGUUGUCUUCAAUAGAGGUUAACACCAUCAAAACAUCGCAUACUGUAACAGUGGCACACACAGCUAAAGUGGGUGCGUUCAAAUAA